AUGUCCUCCGACAAACUCGCUCCCAUACCCACGCUCGAACAAAAGCACAAUGGUGUGCCAUCGCGCCUAUUGCAUAAGGCGCAUCGCGCGAAAGCUCUCAUACAAGACAUUGCGACCAAGCCACUCCGACCUAGACAACGUUUGCCCGCGGUACCACAAGGAAUCGAGCGAUCGCAGUUUUUCCUAGCUAUCGAUGAGUUGUCCAGGGAAAUAGGUAAUGAGAAUGUUGAAAUUAAUGACAAACCUCUUGAUGAUGGCUGGUACAUGGAGCCCCCCAAUACACAUGACGGAAUGGCUAUUACAGAUGAGGAAGAUCUCGUUGCUUCUGCCGUUGUCUACCCGGCUAGUACAGAUGAGGUACAGAAAAUUGUUCAUUGGGCAAACAAAUAUCUCAUCCCCUUGCACCCCAUUUCCAUGGGACGAAACUUUGGCUAUGGCGGUGCUGCACCACGCGUUCGUGGCGCUGUUGUGGUCGACCUUGGGAAACGUAUGAAUAGGAUCCUCGAUAUCAAUCCAGAGGACUGUACGUGCCUGGUCGAACCAGGCGUUUCCUAUUACGCACUAUAUGAGGAAAUCAAGAGGCGUGGCUACAAGCACCUCUGGAUUGACGUUCCUGACCUCGGAGGUGGAUCGGUGCUAGGCAAUGCCCUUGAUCAUGGAGUCGGGUAUACACCAUACGGGGAUCAUUGGGCAAUGCAUUCUGGGCUUGAAGUUGUCACGCCGACCGGUGAGGUAGUUCGGACUGGGAUGGGUGCCCUGCCGGGGAACAAUACUUGGCAGGUAUUUCCUUACGGCUUUGGUCCUUUCAUCGAUGGCAUAUUCUCUCAAUCAAACUACGGCAUCGUCACUAAAAUGGGAUUUGGCCUGAUGCCGGAUCCAGGUGGUCAUGAGAGCUUUCUGUAUACCUUCGAGAAAGAGGGCGAUUUGGAACAACUUGUCGAGAUUGUCCGUCCUCUGCGAAUUGCUAUGAUCUUGGACAAUGCAGCAAAUAUCCGUCAUGCGCUACAAAUUCUGGCACUGUCUGGAAAACCCCGAACGGCAUUUUACAAGGGAGAGGGUGCUUUUCCCAGUGAGAAGAUGUCCGAGUACAUGAAAGCUCACCCUUAUGGCGAAUCUACCUGGUUAUAUUUCGGUACAUGUUACGGCCCGAAGGAAAUUCGCCAGCUCAAGCUCGAUAUCAUCCACCGCGAAUUCAUGAAAGUACCGGGUGCCCGAAGGGUCGACCCGGCCACAUUACCACCUAGCGACUAUUUCUGGUCUCGCGACAAAAUUUCGAGCGGAGAGCCGGACCUUGAAGAGCUUGCUUGGGUUAACUGGUGGCCGAAUGGCGGGCAUGUUGCUUUUAGUCCCGUGGCGCCUACUCGAGGUGUAGAUGCGCUACGGUUAUGGCAGAUGGCCAAGAAACACUGGACUGCGUCUGGGCUGGAUUUCUUCCUUGACUUCGUCGUUGGACUCCGCGAGCUCCACCUGAUUGGGGAAUGUGUGUAUGACCGUGAUGAUCCCAAGCAGCGAUCCAAUGCACUGGAGGUAAUGAGAUCUCUCAUUGACGAAGCUGCCCAGAAGGGAUACGGUGAGUAUCGUACCCAUCUACUACUGAGUGACCAGGUCGCGGGAACUUACUCGUGGAACAAUAACGCGCUCAUGAACUUCAACGAAAAGCUGAAGGACUGCCUGGAUCCAAACGGAAUCCUGGCACCAGGGCGGAGUGGCAUCUGGCCCGCAAGAUACCGAGGGAGAGGCUGGGAAAUUACUCCAGUCAAUAAGUCGCCUGAGGGUGAUGGAGUAGAACCUCCACCAGCGUCGACGAAGCUCUGA